AUGGAUCUUGAACGCAUAGAUGCGGAAAGUUUAGUGCAAACAAUCACAGAUUCACUCGAAUCGGCAAUGCACCAGCCACUUGUGAUUCAAUUUAAAUGCAUCGUCAGUAAGGCAUUGCCUUCCCUAGGAGCCAAUUGGAAGCAGAAAUUUUACCAGUUCCAAACCGACUUCCAGCGUGUCACCUAUCUCCUUAAAGCUAUUGAAUCUUCGACAGGCAAAUAUAAAAGAGGAGUUGAUAAGCUUGGAUUGAACACCACAAGAGAGGAAAUACUUAGAGGCAAUGGCAAGUCUGAUGAAAUAUCAAAACGCUAUUUAACAUACGGAAAUUUGGCGAUUAUGGAAAGCGAUAGAAAUGCAGGCCUGGCUGCGUCAACCAAGGCUGUUUUUUAUGCCACCUCACCUAAGCAAUUAGCGAGAGCAUUGGCUCAAAGAAGUAGAAUACUCUACCAGAAUGAACUGCACGGUGAAGCUAUUGGGGAGGGAUUAAAGGCAUUGAAACUACCUUGUUCUCAAUUUGAAAUCGGAAACAUUCAUGUGACUUUGGGGCACUGUUACUUUGAAAAGAAAAUGUUCCCAGAAUCAAAAUCACAUUAUAUUCAAGCCUUAAAAAUCCUCACCAGAGACAAUGGCCAAAACUAUUUGGAUGCUGACGCAGGAUUGAAACGCUGCAUUUCCGAAGAAGGUAAAAACGAAAGUCACCAAUACGAGCCUAAAUGGAAGUGCCUCCGUUCGAAAGCGCCAGAUUUAAAAGACAUCGAACGGGAGGCGGCAGCAAGUAUCACGGAAGCCAAAAUGACCGACACCUUGAAUGCUGAAGAACCCAAAUUUCUGUCGGCGCCAAGCAACACUCUAAGAAUGAAAUACGCUGGAAGUGAAGGAUAUGGUUGGACCAUGCAAUUAACUCGCAAUGUGAAUAUAGGUGAUAUAUUAAUUGUUGAAAAGCCAUGGGCUAUGAGCUUAUGGAAGGAGCGGACAAAGUAUUGCUAUUACUGCUGUAAGAGAUGUCACAACCUCGUACCCUGUUCCAAUUGUCCCCAUGUGGGAUUUUGUAGCGAAGAGUGUGAAAAGAGUUCAAAGGAGCCCUUGGAGUUACCUGAAGACGGUAAUAAGCACAUCUACGACUGUAAGGGUCUUUGUCCUGCUAUUAUAUUUGAUGACGACAUUGAAUCAAUGCAUACAGCCUACAACUGCUUAGCAAAAGUCCCCCCAAACAGGCUUCUUGACUAUAUUUGUUCCACCGGAUCUUAUGCGAGUGGAAGGGGCCAUCAGGCGUUCAAAGGGUCAGAAGAGGUUCGACGUGCUCCACCGUCGGUUUUUGAUCCAUCUGACUACUCUUCAAUUUCAUUUUUGACCACUUGCUCAGACCAACGCCGAGAUGGAACACUUGAGUAUUUCACUAAAGCUGCUGUGUUCAUGACUUUUUGUCUCUAUCUCGAAGGAUAUCCAAUGGAGUGGUUCGAUGAGACAGAUCUUUUUUACAGCGAUCCAUCUUCCUCCAACCGUCCUGAAAUUAUUCCAGCAAGUUGGAUUGCUGCCUGCCUGCUCUAUCAUAUUCAAGCGAUGGAUGUGAACUACUUCGGGAUAAAUGAAAAUUUUUUGAAUCCCUCGUAUUCGAAAGAAUUGGCUGCCGCUGUUUAUCCAACAAUAUCAUUAAUAAAUCACUCAUGCAAUCCAAAUGUUGCCAUCAAGUGCACUGAUAAAGGAGUCGCGUUUAUUCAUGCAUUGCGACCUAUUCAAGCAGGAAGUGAAAUUUUUCUUUCAUACAAACCCCCUUUCUAUUUUAAUUCGACUCAAGAGCGACGAGAUUUGCUCCAAUCACAAUACUACUUCGACUGUGAGUGUGAAGCCUGUAGUAAUGACUGGAGCAGAAACACCGUGAAUAGUCCGGAGAAGCUCAUAUGCCAGAGUUGCCAGAAAGUCUUUAUUGAAAAUAUGGACGGAUGCCCAGUGUGUAAAUCAAGAGGUUCCAUGCUGAUAUUAAGACAUUUUCGUGAAGAGGUGAUUCCUUGUUUGAGAAGAAUUCUCCUCAAGGCCACGUGUAGUCUUGAAGAUUUGAAAUACGCAACUACUAGCGCUGAUAAGGCUCUGCAGUUUAUACAGCAGCCUUCCUCUGUAUAUUACCUGUGGAAAGACUUGUAUACUGAUAUUCUAUCUAGUAUCUAUGGCAAUCGAACCCUUGAGCCGUGGGUUGAGGAUGGCAGUUCUGAGUCAUCCAGUGUAUGA